CCAUAGUAGCCCUGCCGAACAAUACUGUGUAGUGGAAAUAUCGGUUUAGUAGUAAGUGUUCUUUAUUUAUUUAUCUUCUUGUGCCUGAACCACUCCGGAACAAUGCCUUCAAUUCAGAGCUUUACCAUCGCAUACGACGCACUGAAUGAAUUCGGGACUUUUUCGGAAGGAGACGCUAUAACAGGGAUUGUAACACUGGCUUUAUCAAAGGAAACUUCAGUUCAAAGCCUGUUUGUUAAGGCCAAAGGGGACGCUGAUGUCCAUUGGUCUGAGAGGAGCGGCGACCGAUCGCACACAUGCUCUGCUCACAGAAGAUACUUCAAACUAAAGGAGUUUUUAAUCCCAGAGAGCGCCAACGAAACUGUUUUACCCCAGGGGACCCAUGUCUAUAGAUUCAGCUUCCAAAUACCUUCAGGAAGCAUGCCUUCAUCCUUCAGGGGGACUUAUGGAAAGAUUGUUUACAAGCUGGAAGCAAAACUGUCAAGGAGCUGGAGGAUGAACAGUUCAGCAGAAAGGGAGAUAAAAUUUGUCUCCAAGGCUGUUCCAAACCUUCAUUCUUUGAUGUCACCACAAGUUGGUUCAACAAACAAAGAGAUGAGUUUUUUCUCAAAAGGACACGUACAAAUGGAUGUAACUGUCGACAGGAGGGCUUAUGCACCAGGUGAAACGAUGGUGAUUACUGCAAACAUUGACAACUCUUCAUCCAGUGACAUGACACCCAAAUUUAGUUUCAUAUGGGAUGUUGUGUAUCGUGCCAAUGGUAGAACCAAACAUGAGAAUACCGUUUGCCAAAAAGUGGCUGGCAACUGUAUUAAAUCAAAAACAAAGAAGGAGAUCAGGUGUGAAAUGAAGAUUCCAGUUGAUCACAUACUGACUGUCCAGAAUUGUGACAUUCUCUCAGUGGAACACCAUUUAAAGGUGUAUUUGGACAUCAUUUUUGCUUUUGAUCCAGAGGUUUUGUGCCCAGUGGUCAUUUUACCUCCUGGCUUGGCUCCUGGCUAUCAGAGUAACAAGAAUCUAGGUCCCUAUCCAACUGGUGCUAUUGGGGGUCCAAGCAACAGUGACUUCCCUCCCCCUGCAAUGUCCAUGGGUCCUUACCCUCCACAUUCAGGAAGUUACGAAUAUCCAGGAGUCCAAAGUUAUUCAGCACCCCCACCUGCAUACCCAAAUAACCCUCCUGUAUAUGGUGGUCCACUGGGUGUGUACUCUUCUCAGCCAACACAUAUGUUUGGGGGCUACAAUAACCCAGUGCCGCAGGUACCUUCUCCAUAUGGUACUCCAUUUUCAUCAUCUUCAUCUUCUUCCGUGCUGCACCCACCACCCCCACCUCCACAGUUUCAUCCAGCCCCAUCUGCCCCUGAGAGCCAGCCAUCUCUUCCUGUUCCACCUCCAACAGCUCCUGCAUACAACCUGCUGCCUUCUGCACCAAUGAUGAAUUCAGACUUCCUGUCUCAAUCUGAUGAAGGUCCUCCAUCAUAUUCACUCCUUUUCCCAGAAAAAGCUGAUGCAAAGUAAUUGACCAAAUGCUAAAUGGCUAAGUGAGUUAAUUACUUAUAAGCCAAACAUUUGUAGUUAAAAUUGUGAAAUUAGAUCACCUCUGUUGUGUGUAUUGAACAUGUUCAUGUAUGCAAUUUCAGAAUUGUGUCAAUUAUAUACAGGACUUUAUAUACUGGACUUUUGCACUACAUUCAAUAGUGAUUUAACGGCCAGUUCGGGUUGCCAUUUAACUUUGUCCAGCUGCUUAUGCCUUAGUCAUUAUGUUACACUAUAUUUUGCAUUGUUCAAAGUGCUUUUUUUAGUAUUAAUAUCUGCCUUAGUGUUGAGAUUAGAGGUACGUUAGGAGAAAUUGCCAACAUGGUCAGGUUUUUUUUUUAUAUAUAAACUUAAUAUUUUUUUUUUCAUUAAAACCAUUGAAAAGAGAUUUAUUUCCUCUAUACUUUACAGUAUGUUGAGUUUAACUCUACUCAGGUUAUCAUAAUUUGUACUUUGCAUACCACUUUCAAAAAUAUUUAUUAUAGACUUAUUUCCAAGCUACCAGUAUUUUCUCUGACUUAUAGAUCUGAAUAAAGAUCUGUAAAGUUUCUUUGUGAAUACUAGUAACAUUUUAAUUAUGUGUUUUAAUUUGUUGUCCACAAGGUAGCAGAACUCAUAUUGCAUAAUCUCAUUCAUCUGACCUUUUCCAGCUUAUCAGAUAUCUGUUUAACAGUGUGAAAUCUCUUUGCCAGUUUAAUGCCUUUGCUUAUAAAAAGAUUUCUUUGAAGACAAAUUAACUCUAAAUAACCACCUCACAUUGCACAAAGUCCUUGCCUGCUGUGCUGUACGCUGAGGUUAAUUGCUUAAAAGAAUGUCGCGACUGCUUGACAUGGAUUAGGCAAUUGUAGAGUCAGCUGAUCAAUGUGUAGGAAGGCAAUCCGUUUGACUGACUUAACAUAUCUCCAAAAAAGGACUUUGGUCUCGCUUAGGCUUUUUUUUUCUUCCCUGUCAGAGAUACUAUCUCAGCCACAGUUACUUUAUAAUAACAAGAUUCUGACCAUUUGGAGUAAUCUGAAGAGACAACAGAAAAUAGUCCUCAUUUACAGUGAAUAUGCAAAAAAUGGAUGGAUGGAUGGAUGUUUCCCACACAAACUGGUGAUUCGUUCAGUAAAUGAGUUUAUUUGUACUCUGAACAAAUUUAGAACUGCUUCAGACCAUGCAUACAAACAAAUGAAGGCCUGGAUGUCACACUACUGAAAACGGUGGACGCACGUCCUAUUUUGCACCCUCAAUAUUACAACAUUACAGAGUACAAAGCAGCAGUAAUAAACAGGCAAAUGAAUCAUAGCUUUGCAAUUAUAUUGUAUCUAUAUGCCUAUAUGCCUAUAUUGUUGUUCAUUAUCUUGAACCAGUGAGCAUAAAAGAAGAACCUCCACCAAGUGGGAAGUGAAGGGCUAUUAGAUUUUUAAAACUGUAAAUCAUUAUCACUUCCCAUCAGUAAAGAGGGGUAAGUGGGAAUUUCUAGCAAUAAUACUGUGUCCUUGCUUGCUUUUGCAAGUAAGUGUGUUCCCAUACAUAUUCUGUUCAACAGAAAUGUCUAUAUGGUUGACGCAAAAGAGAUGAGGUUUGUUUCUGAGUCCUUUCUAUAUACUGUUCAAUUAAUGGUAAAUGAAAGCUUAUCAAAUGGAAAAUAUUUAGAAGUCACAUGAUUAAAAAGUUGGCUAAAAUUGAGAUAAUGACAUACAGAUGUUUUAAGGCAACAAUAUAUGGUUAAAGUUUAAAAUAUUAAAAUAGUUGUAUCCUUUGAAAUCAUCAAGUCAUGGAGAAAGUAAUAAUCACUUAAUCCAGAGGCUAAUAGCAACCUAAUAUGAGGCAUUAGGUAGAAUAUUUGGUUGUCAUUUGUUACUGUGUCCACAGUCUGGUUCAGUGAGUAAAGCUAUGUACUCCAACUUUGAAAAAUUGAUCAUGAUCAUGAUCUGGAUCAGCACGAAAAUGUAAUCAAUUAUUCCUCGUACAAAAAUUUUCAUUGAAAUCUACGCAUAAUUUUCUGAGACAGACAAACGUGAGCGAAAACAUAAUCUCUCCACCUAUCAGUGUGAGAAGAAAGAACUUUAUCUGUCACAUACACAUACAUGCAGUGAAAUUCAGUCUCUGCAUUUAACCCAUCACACACACACACACACACACACACACACAUA